GUACACAAUUCGUGGUUUACUCCUUGCAAACAAUAAUUCAAAAUUGCGGUUAAAUGGGAUAGCGCAAUUAGGGUUUUUAAAUCCGUUACUUGAGUCAUGCAAAGGUUCUUUCCACUCGGCGUUGCGUUACGACCCAAAAUGACGGCUGCAAUUUUGUUCUCGCCAAGCAUGACGGGAUCAACUUCGCGCCACAUGGACUCCGACAACAACAUGCCCGGUGUCAACGGAGAAAUCAAGAAAGAAGGCCUUGAAACUGCCGAAGAAAAGCGCGAUCUUGGUUCAAAACCUAAAAAAUUGGACGACAAAAGCUCAAAGACUCGAAGGACAUCGGAACUUGCGGUAUUAGAUGCAGAAAGACAGUGUUUGGUGCAGCGACCGACCGAUCAACAAUGGCAUGCUGCUGAGAUUAUACACAUUAGACCGGUGGAAGAAGGAAAAAAGGAAUAUUAUGUUCAUUAUCACGGAUUUAACAGGCGUUUGGAUGAAUGGGUGCCGAUGGAAAGGGUUGAUCUUCAACAGAAAGAUGUUAGUAUGCAUGUUCCUGUUGUAGAGGAGAAAGUUGAUGUUGAUGGCCCAGAAAGGAAACUGACAAGGAAUCAAAAACGUAAACAUGAUGAGAUUAAUCAUGUUCAAAAGACCUAUGCUGAAAUGGAUCCAACAACAGCAGCAUUAGAAAAAGAACAUGAAGCGAUUACCAAGAUAAAGUUUGUGGAUAAAAUUCAGUUUGGUAAAUAUGAGAUAGAUGCGUGGUACUUUUCACCUUUUCCUGAGGAGUAUGGCAAACAGUGCAAACUGUGGAUAUGUGAAUACUGCAUCAAGUAUAUGAAGUUUGAGAAAACUUACAAAGAACACUUGGGAAAGUGCACAAUGCGGCAGCCCCCUGGAAAGGAAAUCUAUCGCAAAGGGACAAUAUCUGUUUAUGAAGUGGAUGGAAAGGAACACAAGUUAUAUUGCCAGAACAUUUGUCUGCUGGCAAAGUUAUUCCUGGACCACAAGACUUUGUACUUUGACGUGGAACCAUUCCUGUUUUACUUGCUAACGGAAGUGGAUAGGGAAGGGGCACACCUUGUCGGAUAUUUCUCAAAGGAGAAAGAGUCACCCGAUGGAAACAAUGUCGCAUGUAUUCUAACAUUGCCACCAUACCAGAGGAAAGGAUUUGGAAAAUUCUUGAUAGCUUUCAGUUAUGAGCUGUCGAAAAUCGAGCAGACGGUUGGAUCGCCAGAAAAACCUCUAUCUGAUCUCGGCAAGUUAAGUUACAGAAGCUACUGGUCCUGGAUUCUGUUAGAUAUACUACGUAACUUCAGAGGAACUCUUUCAAUUAAAGAUCUCAGCAACAUGACGAGCAUAACACAAGAGGACAUCAUCAACACGCUGCAGUCUUUAAACAUGGUCAAAUACUGGAAGGGCCAACACGUCAUAUGCGUCACACCGAAACUUGUCGAGGAGCAUGUCAAGAGUGCGCACUACCGCAAGCCAGUACUGUCAGUGGACACGUCUCUUCUAAGAUGGGCGCCGCCGGGAAAGAAAAUAAAAAAAGUGAAGCACUGAUGCUUGUACCAACAAGAUAUGGCUAGGAUUGCAACGGUGUUCGUGUAGCAGAUGGUUUCGAUCAGCAAGCGAAUUGCAGUUAAAACUCAACUGAGGACAUUUAACUUCAUAGAUGCGGAGACGAGAAUUGCUGAGUCGUUUAGGUGUGGGUGAUGAUUAUGGAAUCGCGUUUUACUUGGUUGGUUUGAAGUUUUAGGUACUCAAUUGCAGUUUGAUUUGCACCAGAUCUGGCUCGCUGCCGAGUCUUCAGCCAGACUAGUUUGAAACGACAGUAUGGGGCCUUGCUCACGUCGAUUUUGUACCAAAUUGCAUAUAAACGGGUGGAAAGGCAAAAAGGAUUGUAUUUCAUUCUUUUCAAGUAGUGGCAAAAACGACUAUUGUUGAAGAUACAACUUCACAUAGGGUUCAAUUAUUGCAGCGUUGGAAAAAAAAAACCUUACACGUCCAGCAAAAAUCAAAGUAAUAACUAACCAGUCACAGCGCCCCUAAAAACCGCAGGGAACCAAUCAGAGCUCGCAGUAAACCUUGCACUCGGUGCCAAGCGCGGGAAACUGUUGAAAUCCUGUUUACAGUUAGCUUUAGUUUUGCACAUGAUUGGCUGAAAAGAAAAACAUGUUCGUUCUGAUAGGAUAAGCCAGGUUACACGAGCAUUGAGUUGUGAACCAGUAGCAAAGCUCGGCAAGCGGAAUAAAAAGCCAAAGCAAGAGAUUACAUUUGAUCGUAAACCAAAAAACUCUACUGUAGUGCACAAAAAAAUUAGCGUCCGUUGGUAACGUUUCACAUCACUCGAACUGCCGAUCAUUUUACAACUUAGUUAUUUAGGAGUCGAAUACGUACGAAGGGCAAUUCAUAGAGAGAUUGUUAACACCGCCAUACAGAGGUUAGUUUUAAGAUUCAUGCAGAUUUUCUUGUUUUAUUUUACUUCAGUGUGUUAAGAGAACAGGUGAUCUGGAGAGGCUAUCUCAAGUAACACGCACACUAUUUUCAUACGUGUUUAAACUACUAAUAAAAUCUCACACUUAACUGUUA